CUCGGACAUACACCAUCGACACAAUGUCCAAUGCCAGCGGAAAAGCACCUUCCAGUCACUUUCUUGAAAACAAGACCAUAGUCAUUGCGGGAGUAGGCCUUGCAGGGUCUGCUUUCGUUGUCGGCCUUCAGAAACUAUGGAAUGCGAAACUCGGCCAGCCAAACAUCAUCAUAUAUGAACGCGAUGCACAAGAUGUAGCUGCUCAGAGGGAGACGUACAAUCUGUCUUUGACAGGAUACGACGACUCAGGUGGCCUUGUUGCGCUCAGAAAUCUUGGCUUACUCGACGACAUCUUGGAAAAGGCCGUGUCUGGACUCGACGGAGCUGGGUCUUUCAAGAUAUGGGAUUCGAGGUGGAAAGAACAGGUCUCUUUCACUAGAAAACCCGUCUCUGGGAUUCCAACAACCAGCAUUCGAAUUGCUCGAGAGAAUAUCCGUCAAGUCCUCCACAACUCAUUCCGUCUUAAUGAUCAUUGCGUUAUCAACUGGGACUCACAAUGUGUGGCUGCUACCCAACUCCCGAAUGGUCGCCUAAGAGUGCGGGUGGUUCAUGGUAAUGACGACGAGAGCGAACCCGAGUGUGAUCUCCUUAUAGCUGCGGAUGGGGCGAGCAGCAAACUACGACAAAGCCUUCGACCAAAUGACACACUUCUCUCUAACGGCGCAGUCCUUCGAGGAGGAAUAGCUACAUUCAAAGAGUCUCUUCCGCAGCCACUCAGUGAAGAUUGGGGCUUCGUCGUCUCACGCACUGGUGUUUCGGCGUUCUUUUCCCCCAUUGGUGAAAACAGAAUCUUUUGGACUAUCGGACAGAAUGAAACCCAGGUGCCCAGACUGAAUCGCGAAUCACUAACCCAAGCACAGGCUGUCAUAGAUAAGAGCCUGGAGCUUGGAUCACACAUCCCUGAACCUUUCUCGAGCAUCGUCAAGCGGACAGACCCCAAGACAGUUUUGCUUCUAAACUCGCGAGACAAGAUGCCAUUUUAUCACAGCGACAUUACAAAAAUACCUGCCAUCUUUCUCGGUGAUAGCAACCAUGCGCUCAGCCCGUUUGCAGGAACUGGAGGCAAUUUGGCGCUGGUGGAUGGAUGGGAUUUGGCAACCCAGAUCUGUAGCCAGAGCAGCUUGGAGGAAGCAGUCAGGGCAUACGAUGAACUCAGUGUGCCUAGAGCAACAAUGUUUAUCAAAAGAUCAAGACGACUGAUAGAGGCUGCUCAUGACACUGGCUUGCGAUACUAUUUGUUUUGGUGCAUGUUGUUUGUGGGCAAGUUUGUGAGAUGGGUCAUGUAUAAGAUGGGGAACUGAGCUGAGGUUCUAGCGGGGCGUGUUGCGGGAGAAGCGGCAGGCUACCUAGUAGAACUUAUGCAGGGAUACUAAUAACGGUUGACAGGUCAUUGUACGGAGUUCUGUACUGUGCCUAGGAGUAAUUUGCUACGGAUAAGAUUGCUGGAUUUCUUAUAAUUGAUGUCGUUACUGGAGCCAUUACCUGUUUCAAGAAAAUUGUUGACUGAUCAAGAGGACGGAUUGGGUUUUGAGAGUUGAAUAGACCACGUACAGGCAUCUCCAUCACACUGCUAACUAUGCACUGUACCUGUCACUGAGUGCUCCACGCUUCAGGAGAUACAGUGCUGAUAGACAGUGCACUUGUGUAUCGCACGCCACACUUUACGCGAGA